CUUUCACUGUGAGGUCGAGCGCACAAGCAAUCGUGAGUACGAAUCAUGGGCAAAAGCUGUAUCAUAUCAAGAAACCUGCUCUACAUUCUGUUUUUAGCGAUCGCAAAGUUUCAGCAGAACCUACAGAUCAUCUACAGUACACCAGUCACACCCUCGUCACUUUUGCAAACAGAAGAAAUUGAUAAUCAAGAGCAGCAAAAAAAGAUAAUUCUAUUGAACCUCUUUAGUUGUACAAUUCGAUCGUUGAAAAGCUUUACUGUAGUGUAACUUGUAGUAGCUCGCACAGCUUGCUAUUUGCAAAAGUGUCGAGUAGUGAAACUAUGAUCACGAACGGUACCGCAAGCGGUUUCGAAUUCGUCGUCCACGGUUACGUCGUGAAAGUCUCACGAGUGUAACGUUGUUAUGACUUACCUUUGAGCUACAUGGUCAGUACCAAUUAAUUGUUCCCUUCGUCUUGAGAGCAUAACAAUCAAAAACUUAAAAUAAGUCUCUUAAAUCUACGCCUGAUAAACAGAAGGCAGAAAGGGCUUCCUUUCUUCUAUCCAGUCGGUCUCUGACCGGUAGGAUGGUCUCACCUUCGGCGGACGUUCAAAUAUGCUGUCACACUUUGAGUUUCUCUUGCAUACAUCAAGCGCCAUAAAAAUCAAGUUAUCGUUACUGGAGAUAGCAAAUCGAAAGGCCGAAGCGAAACCUCUGAGGAUUUUACCAUCUUACCGGAUCCACAUUCUCCUAUUCGUUUUCGCUUGCGCAGCUUCUCAUGAACACAGCAGCACAUUCAUUGUCAGCAUUCAUUACGUCAGCAUUGGCUCUCAAGCCAUCUACCGUCUACAUUCUCCGGGUUGAGAACACUCAGACUCGACAAUGCUGGCAUAUCCGUCGGUGUUUUUCUGAGUUUUGCGAGCUGCGCGAAAAACUAUUAUCUUUGAUUGACGAUCA